AUUUGCUUUUGGUCUUAACUGAGCAGUCAAUCCGACGUGUACUGUUGUCUGUAGUGAAUAGAAAAGGGAGGAAAGGAAAGGUAGAAAAUGUGAAGAGAGAAAUUAGCAGGACCCGAAUUCGAUGGGAUUCCUUCCUCAAAUGCUACUACUACACUUCUCUCUUUCUCUAUAAGAUUAAAAUAUUGGAUAUCUUGUUGUCCUGUUACAGUUGAAAAGAAGGCUCGAGUUUGUUGUAGAACGACAGAAGUUGUCUAUUUUCCGGUAGUAAACAAUGGCGAGGUUAACUUUUUGUUCAAUAUGAAACUAUACCAUACAAGUACAACACAGCUUGAACGAAUGGUUUUUCUCAACCCGGGUGUAUAAAUUGUAUCAUUGAGUUUAAGGGCUCAAGUAAAAUGAUGGGUAAGGAAAUUGUGCCACAAAUUAACAGGGCAGAUAGUGUGGAAGGUUGCUCGCCUACCGGCAAUGACAAUUUAAAGUCUUAUUCACGUUGUAGUUCAGACAUGGAGGCUGACUUAGAAACCUGUCGUGUAUGCCAGUGUGCUGAAUCAGACAAAAGGGGAGAUGCUGCCUUAGAGUUUCUAGGUGUUACUCCUCCUUUUCAAGAAGCACAUAAAAGCAAUGGGGUACUGAAGCCUGAUACCAAACUAAUUAUGAAACAUGCUGAAAGAGAUGUCUCUGUUAAGAAGAAUGUAAGAGAAUCCCAUUUCAUGGAACUUGUAAGUCCUGAUGGGGAGGUUCUCAUUUGUGAUGCUGAUGUAGAAAUGGGCUCAUGUGACUAUCAAGAUGCGUUAACUGAGCUCGGUUGCUUGUGCAAAAAUGACCUUGCUCUGGUACACUAUGCUUGUGCACUCAAAUGGUUUGUUAACCAUGGUUCUACUGUUUGCGAAAUAUGUGGUCAUGAAGCUAAAAAUAUUAGAGCUGCAGAUUACAGAAAGGUUUUGGCUUCUUUGAAAGAAUAUGAGACUCUAAGAGAAAGGACUGCCAGUGGAGAACCCUAUCCUGCCCAGGUUCCCUCAAGUACAGGUGUAGACCCUGAUGCUGUAGCUGCUAUCCGAAGGCAACGGUUGAGUGAGAUUUCGCUAUGGUUUAGUCCACACAACAACAAUAACAACCAUGUUGCACUUUCACAAGCAUCUGAACAACCUCUGAAUAAUGUAACUGAAGAGGUUUUCCCGGCUGAAAAUCCUGCAACUAGGUGGGCUGUGGAAGGUACUGGGAUUUUGCUGGCUACAGGUUUACUUACUGUUACUCUUGCUUGGAUUAUAGCACCUCGAGUCGGUAAGAAAACUGCCCAAAGUGGUCUUCAUUUUCUUCUUGGGGGCAUUUGUGCUCUUACAGUAGUUGUAUUCUUUCGCUUUUUUGUGCUUACCAGAAUCAAGUAUGGGCCUGCACGCUACUGGGCGAUUUUGUUUGUGUUUUGGUUUCUUGUCUUUGGUAUUUGGGCUUCCCGGACACAUGAGAUGCAAAUGGUGAAAAGUGGGGGCGGUUUUCAUUUACCACUACCAUUGCCACCAUUAUUUAUUGUACUUUUCUUACACCACUUUAUGUUUCAUUUGCGACAAUGCAAUGCGUUGGGUAACGGAUUUCCCAUCAGCGUUUCAGGAUUUCCAUUUGGAAUUGUUCAUAUAUUAAAGCAGAAAAUGUGAUGAGUAUAAAUAGAGAAUAUACCUAUUUAGUUCCUUGUUGUACACUUAUUACCUAUUAUUUAAUUAAUAUUAUUUUAAUA